AUGGAGCGACCAGACGCCAGCUCCUUACUUGCAGCAUCAGCUCAUGCCCACAAGAAGCCCUCGUACGAGCCCAGGAAGCCACUACAGAUUACGCCAGAGGAGGCUCACAUCAUGUGGGGUCACGCAGGCCGACAGGCGAUCGAUCGACUGCCGGAUAGCGUAGACAGGCUGCAGCUGGUAGACGGCAACCCAGCACCAAAGUGGAAGGACUGUGAGAUCUGUAUACAGUCGAAAUUGACGAAACUGGUCAGCCGGAGGCUACCGCGCGAGCCAGCUACCCGACCGUUCGAGCGCAUCAAAGCGACACCAGAUUCGCCCGAGCCGAUCGAGCUCACAGGCGAGUCGCUCACUGAUCAGGCGAUGGAUGAUACUGGCUGGGGACGCGGAUAUGCUCUAGCUCGAGAAGGAGAAGAGCCAGACCGAACGUCCAACAACGCUGCACGACGAGGAGAGAUUAGCAGCCAGGUAUCAGAGCAGUUUAUUAUGAAGGGCAAGCGAAUUCGCAAGCCAGCAACGUUUGGCACCUAUCUAGCGAUAUUUGCAGCCUGUAUCAACCCUACAGCAGCAGGAAAGCUACUCAGCGAAGCGCCGAAAACCCGACUCCAUCGUGACUAG